AGCUGGUCACAGCAAUCCUUGCUGCUAGUCAGGUUUUCGGACCCUAGAGUGACGUGUGGCAUCAUCACGCAAACAUUAAUAUUGUGGUGUACUACAAUAGGCACCCAAGCUUUUGGAUUAAAGUAAAACAAGAUAAUGAUUAAGUUACAGAAAUGAGGAAUUGCUCUUUUAUUGGUCUCUUCACCGUUUGGUUUUAGGUUAGGAUCCUUUGGUUUGACCACAGCUCUGACUGGUGACUUUCCAAUUCAGGUAAGCCCAUAAGGCUCUUUAUCUUCCAGUUCUUGUUAUGUCUUAUCUUAGCUUAAUUUGUAGCUGAAUGUACAGUUCUGCGCUCUUUUAAAUGUUUUGGUGCCGAGGAGGUUCAAAGAUUAAAGGGUAGCAGGUAAUCAGUGAAGAUGUUGACCCAAAUGUGUUCAGUUCUGAAUUCUGUUCUGUUCUGUCUACAGAUUGUGACAUUUCUGGUUGUAUAACAUGGAGGACAUGUGCCCAGCUGUCCGGAAAACUCUAGAUGUAGGUUAUAAAUGUGAGGAACGAGGGUCUGAAAAGAUAGGUGAUGAAGAAGAGAAGAAUCCCACACUGAACAGAAGCCCCCUUUACAUGCAAACCAUGAAGGGAAAGAGUGUGGACAUUAAACAGGAGGAUUGUGAGUGGGACUCAGCAUACCGGGAGAGUCUUGGCAUUAAGGAGGAGGAAUUGGAAAGAAGGGUCACAGACAUUAAAGAGGUCUCUGAACUGGGUGAACUGGGCUCUCGUAGCACUGAAAUACAGAAAAAGGAAAGCAUGCAUGAUAUAAAGCAAGAAGAGCUGAAAACCGACUGUGACUUUCCGUGUCUUUGCCCAGUGGCUCCUGGAUUAGGCCUCACACUGAGUAGUCAUUGCCACCCUGAGCAUCAUGUGAAGUCAGAGUCUUGUAGAUCUGAUGUGAGGAGGUCUGCAGCACCAUUGGAGGCCCAUCCUUCUGCUGAAGAUUUAAGAGACAAUGGCAGCUUUGUCUUAUCCCCAUUGGCUCAAUCCUUACUUCAGUCCAAAUCACAACAGACAACAAAGGAUGAAAAGAGGAAGAAACUCUCAUCAAGAACAGAAGGUCUGAUAGCUGCAUCAUUGCUGGACAGUUCACUGCCUGUUGUGAAACUAACAAGGAUCGAUGCUGUCAAUCCUCACCUUCAAAUACACAAUUCAGACUCAUCCACUGUCUCACAAAAGCAGAGGAAACAUUUCAAAAACAAAAUUAAGUAUAGAGGUGGUAGCCGGACUCCUACCCAACAGAAACCACAUUGUUGUUCUGAAUGUGGCAAACAGUUCUCUCAUAAGAGCAGACUUCUAAUCCACAAAAGAGUUCACACUGGAGAGAAGCCAUACUACUGUUCUGAAUGUAGCAAAGGGUUUUCCACCAGACAGCUUCUUCAAACUCACACAAGAAAUCACACUGGAGAAAAGCCUUUUUGUUGUACAGAAUGCGGGAAACACUUCUCCACCAAGGUGCUUCUUAAAAUCCACACAAAAAUUCACACUGGAGAGAAACCGUAUAUGUGUUCUGAAUGUGGGAAGGGAUUCACUAGGACAAGCAACCUUCAGGCCCACACCAGAGUUCACACUGGAGAGAAGCCAUUUUCGUGUCAGGAGUGUGGAAAACGAUUCUCUGAGAGUGGAAGUCUGCAGAGGCACAGAAGAAUUCACACUGGAGAGAAGCCAUACUGCUGUUCUGACUGUGGGAAACGAUUUUCACAAUUGAGCUACCUUCGGGUCCACAUAACAUCUCACACUGGUGAGAAGCCUUUCAGCUGUUCCGAAUGUGGCAAAGGAUUCUUGCUCUCGAGCCAUCUUCAGAGGCACUUACGACUUCAUACUGGAGAGAAAACCCAUUGUUGUUUUGAAUGUGGCAAACGAUUCCCUGACAGGAGCAGUCUUCGGAGACACACAAAAAUACACAGUGGAGAGAAGCCAUAUUGGUGUUCCGAAUGUGGCAAACAGUUCUUUGAGAGCAGGAGUCUGCAGAGGCAUAUGAAAAUACACUCUGGAGAGAAGCCAUAUUGCUGUUCUGAAUGUGGCAAGCAAUUUUCAGAGAUGAGCUAUCUUCAAGCCCAUGCAAGAAUUCACACUGGAGAGAAACCUUACUGCUGUCCUGAAUGUGGCAAACAAUUCACUGCUAGAAGCACUCUUUGGAGACACAUGAGAGUUCACACUGGAAAGAGGUCCUAUUGCUGCUCUAAAUGCGGCAAGGAGUUUUCUGAAAUGAGCUCUCUUCAGGCCCACACAAGAACUCACACUGGAGAGAAGCCGUAUUGCUGUUGUGAAUGUGGCAAACGAUUCUUGCUGUGGCGCUAUCUUCAGAGACACACAAGAACUCACAAUGGUGAGAAGCCAUAUUGCUGUUCAGUUUGUGGAAAGCGUUUCUUGAUCAACAGCAAUCUUCAAAGACACAUAAGGACUCACACCGGGGUGAGACCGUACUGCUGUUCAGAAUGUGGCAAACAAUUCUCAGAGCUGAGAAAUCUUCAGCUUCACGCAAGAACUCACACCGGAGAAAAGCCAUACUGCUGUUCUGAAUGUGGCAAACGAUUCACCACCACUAGUAAUCUUCAGCAACACGCAAGAAUUCACAACAGUGGAAAUUUUAAGAGUGCAACAGAAAAUCACAGUUAAUGACUGAGGAUUCCUCCUGUCUUGACAGUAUGUGACGUAAACCCUCCUGGAGAGAUGAACCUGUAAGAGAAGACAUAUUGCUGCUCUGUCCGUGACAUGCAAUUCUUACAAAUGAUUCAAGAAUUCACAAUGGAGAGACGCCAAGUGGCUAUUCUGACUGAGGUCAGUGCUUCCAAUGCUAUAGAAAACUUCAUAAAAGAAUGCACUCUGAAGUGUAGAGAGGAAAACAAAAGAGCAGAAUACGAGGAAAUGCAAUUGUUGAUAUGCUAAAUAUGGAAUAGAGCCAUUAUACUGUUUGUAAAGGGGCCAACAGGUCCAAGCAAACAUUGCUAUGAGGCUGUGUGGUUGCACAUAGUUGUAAAAUCAAGGUGGCUGUGAUGUACAAGAAAUACACUUGCAUUGAGAUAGAGAACUUUAAAACUGAUUUGCCAGAGCGAGAGAGUGAUAGCCAUGAACAGAUUAUUUAAAAAAAAUAAUAGACAUAAAGGGGGCAACAUAGAAGGAAGGACACAGACAUAAUCUCAACAUCAGAGGAGUUAAUAGAUGGCUUACAGAGAAGUGGUUUACCUGCUGACAUGGUGGCACCAGGGCAACAAUCCAACAAGCUUAACAUCAACAUAGACUCCUGAAAGAAGACCAAGUUUCUGCCUUCAUCA